GCGAGCAGCACCCCCUGUGACACCCUGACCUCGGAGACCGUCGUCCCCGUGGCCACCCACACCGAGUCCCCCUCGGCUCCCGCUGUCCAGCCUACCGACAGCUCGUCCGCCGCGGCCUCCAGCACCCCCUGCGACACCAUCACCUCCGAGACGAUUGUGCCUGUGGCCACCUCGACCGUGAGCUCCCCUCACUCCUCCGCUCCUGUCGUGCCUCACAAGCCCUCCCCCUCCUCUGCCGCCCCCGAGGCGAGCAGCACUCCCUGUGACACCUUCACCUCGGAGACCGUGGUGCCCGUAACCACCUCUACUGAGUCCCCCGCCUCUGCUGCCCCCGAGGCCAGCAGCACUCCCUGUGAGACCAUCACCUCGGAGACCGUCGUCCCCGUGGCCACCUCGACCGAGGCCCCCGCUGCCAGCAGCACCCCCUGCGAGACCAUCACCUCGGAGGCCGUGAUCCCCGUCGCCACCAACAGCGACUCGCCCCAGGUCACUCAGGCGCCCAGCGGCAAGCCCCGGAGGGUGGUCACCAUGACGACGACCGUCAGCGUCGCUUCCUGCCCGCCCCAGUAA